AUGACUGAUCUAGUCAUGUGGUGGUCAGAAUAUUUUGAGCGGUGGCGUAUUGAUAUUGCCUACCGUUUGCUUCAUUGGGUUUACAGUCGAAAGGAUUUUAAACGUUUUUGGUAUCCCCAAGUGCUUAUUUUGCAUAUUGAUGAGAAUCCUGAAUGGCUAGUUGAUUGUCAGAAAUUAAUUGCAGUAGCAGAAUGGAUCAAAGAUGGUGCAGCAUCUAAUAUUGUUGCUGUUUUAUGUGAAGGACAUACAGAAGAUCCGGAUACAGCUGAAUAUCUAAGAUCAGUUGAAAUAGCAGUCAGACAACUGAUUGGUGAAUCUUGUCUUAAUGCGCAUCAUUUAGUCGUAUCGUAUGAAAAUCUGAGUGAAUUGAAUGAAACGGCUUCAGCAGUAAUCCAGUGUUCUGGUUUAGGAAUCUUAAAACCGAAUACAAUCCUUGUAGAUUUCCCCAAAUGUGGUGUUUCUGCAAAUUUUUCAUAUGCUGGACAAAAUGAAUUAUGGAAUCGAAUAGCAGCAACAAUGGAUAAAUGUUUAUUGAUAUGUAAAGGAGAUUUGUGGAAACCAAUUCCUUUUAAUCUUGCUGUUAGCUUAAUUAAAUUUAAUAAUUUUAUCAAAUUAAUAAACUAUUAUUUGAAAAAAUUGCUAAUAAUUAUGCUUCUUCAAUUGAAAUCAGAUGACCUCUUACUGUCAUUUGUAUACGUAAUUUGUCGGAACUAUCGAUGGACGUUUACAAGUUUACGUAUAUUUGCGGUGAUCAAAGAAAUGGAAUUUGAAGCAGUAAAAGAUCAAGUUUUAAAACGUAUUCAUUGCGCAUCCCUUGAAGUAGAUAAUAUAGAAUUUAAAGCGGUUGAUCAAGAUGAUAUUGCUGCUUACGAAAGCGCAAAAGUAAUAGCAGAAACUGUUGAUGGUCAGUUAGAACAAGAAUUGAAAUAUCGUCGAGUUUAUAAGAAUGAUCCACCAAUUGCAUUGAACAGUUUAAUCAGAGGUGAAUCACUGAAUGCUGAUUUGAUUAUAGUAAACUUGCCUCGUCCACGUGGUAACAUGCUGGCUUCAAGAUUACUGCAAAGCUUAGAUGCUAUUACCGAACGUCUUACGCGUGUUAUUGUUUUUAGACCGCCUAUGAAUUUUUGA